AUGGGUAGUUGUGCUUCACACCCCGUUAAAACAAUUAAACCCAGAAAACCACGGCGUCAUUAUAGCAAAAAGAUCCGUAGGUCUGACAAGUCGAAGAAGAAGAACGCCGACACAGGAGAGUCUGUUGCAGAUGGUGAGAAUGUUGAUACAAACCCCAUUAAUAGAAAUUCAGUGUCUUCCGAGUGUACACAAGAACCUACUCAAAUGGAAUCACACCGUAGUCAGACUGAAGUCAAUGGUAUCGUUCUUUCCAUUCAUUCUAACUUAGUUUGGAUUCAAAAUAGAGGAGCUGCAGUAGACGAUCCAUGGUUUGAUUCAGUCAGCAGCAUUGAAGAUUCAGAAUCUGAAGAUGAGUUUACUAGUGUGCAUGGAGACUAUGAUAUCCCGGUGACACCAAACAAGGAAGUGGUUCAAGAUAGCAUGUUUUCCAUUUGGAGUUCCCAUGGGAAUAACGGUGAAUACAGCCCGACAAACAAGUUAGGACGUAGUUACAGCAGCUAUAAUGGUGAUAAAGAUGAUAAAAGUCAAGUUCAAAUCUUAAAGCAUGGUGGACCCCAGUUGUUUCAUUCUGCUAGUUUCAAUGAUAAGAUCACUAACACAGCAAAUUCAGGCUCGCAGAAUCACACAAAAUUACCAACAGUUAUUAAGCUCGCGGUGAAAAGAACAGAUGCAGAGGAUCCCAGUGGAACCCGUGCUACAGAGAAGUUCUUUUAUCGUCCCAGAGCAGGAUUUGUAAUUCCAUGUUGUACAGAUGAGAAGCCGACUCCUGGAUGUUGGUCAGCUAUUGACCCGUCGAGUUUUACUCUCAGAAGUGAAAAUUACUUUAAAGAUAAAUCGAAAAAACCUGCUCCAAAUUAUUCCCCUUACACUCCGUUUGGUGUAGAUCUCUUUGUAUGCCCGAAAAAAAUCAACCACAUUGCCAAGUACAUCGAGCUUCCUUCGAUAAAAGGCGAUGGGAAAAUGCCGCCUCUUCUCAUAGUCAACAUUCAGUUGCCUAGUUAUACUGCUCAGAUGUUCCUUGGUGACAGUGACGGGGAGGGUGUGAGCCUUGUUCUAUAUUUUAAACUCUCAGAAACGUAUGAGAAAGACACCCCUCCUCAGUUUCGGGAAAGUAUUAAGAGUUUAGUGGAGGAUGAAAUGGAAAAAGUGAAGGGUUUUAGAAAAGAAUCAAUAGUAGCUUUCAGAGAAAGGCUGAAGAUCAUGGUGGGUGUGGUCAACCCUGAUGACCUUCUUUCCAACAGCACAGAGAGGAAGCUUUUACAUGCUUACAAUGAAAAGCCCGUCCUUUCACGUCCUCAACAUAACUUCUUUCGGGGAUCAAAUUACUUUGAAAUUGACCUGGACAUUCAUCGGUUUAGUUACAUAGCAAGAAAAGGAUUAGAUGCAUUUCGUGAACGCCUAAAAGACGGCAUAAUGAAUCUUGGCCUUACGAUUCAGGCUCAAAAACCCGAAGAGUUGCCAGAGAAAGUUCUUUGCUGUUUGAGAUUAAACAAGAUUGACUUUGUAAAUCGUGGUCAGAUACCCACAUUGGUAGCAGGUGACGAAGAUUUAUCCUCUUGAUCAUUCUACUAAUCUGCUGAUCACCACUGAAUAGCAGUCCUGACAUGUACCCUAAAAAAGGUGAUGAUAUUCUCUUGUGAGCUUAACCCUGAAGAAUAAAAAAGAAAAGGGAGGAUCUUUUUGUUUCUUUUUGUCAAUUUUGAGUAUGCUAAUCAAUGAUAUAGUCCACUGUUGUAAUCUGUACAAAUUGAUGUACCCAUUGACAUAUUUGUUACCGGUUUUGUAAAUACAGGAGCAUUAUUCCAUAAUUGCAAGUUCCAUCAAUUGU